AUGGCUGAGGUGGACUUGAACCUGGAGGAACUCGAGGGUCUGCUUGUGAAUGGAAGUACUCUUCCUCCUGACACGAGGAUCGAUGUUCGUGGUCUCCCUACUGAAUCAGCAGAAAGUGCGUUUCCAGAUCCUGAAGAAGUGGCAACAAAACGAAAGUCGAAAAAAAAUAAGAAACACAGAUAUGAAGAGCAGAGUAACGUGUUGAACACGGAUGAUUAUGAAUGGAAAAAAUCUAAGUACGUUUUGGAUGCAGCAGAAAGCACUGACAACGAUGCAGACGAAUUUGUUGAAGAAAACGAUGAGGUGGAGGAAGGCUUGGACGAUGGACCUUUUUACGAAGCACCUAAGCGUUUCAUUUUCCAUGAAGGAGAUGAAGCUAAGUCCGCAGAUGAACUUGGGCGCGAGUUUGAAGAACGUUAUCAAAGGCUAAAAAAGCAAAAGUCUAUAGAGAACUUACAAGGAGUUAUUCCUCGAGAAAAAAUGUCCUCGCUUCGCUUUGCUUCCUAUUUGCUUCCACAAAAUUCUGACCCUAAGGUAUUUGCGGUAAAGUGUCGUCCACGUAUGGCUCGCAUCUUGGUCACACGUAUUGUGAAUAAGUGCUACGCCUAUCGUGUUGGUAGAAAUUACGAAAAUAAAAAGGUCGAUCUUGGUAUUAUAUCUGUGUUCUGCAUAGAUCACGUAAAAGAAUAUAUUUACAUUGAAGCGUAUCGUAAGAUAUUUGUGGAGAGUGCGCUAAAUGGAUUGGAGGGUAUAUUUCGAUACAACAUUGCAGUUGUCGAACCGACGCAGCUGCUGCAGAUGAUGGAAAGGAGAAGCUUAAAUGAAAAGAUUCGAGUUGGCUCUUUUGUACGCCUUAGACAGCGUUUCUAUCGUAUGGAUUUAGCCCAGGUCACAUCGGUGCAUCAGGAUGGUGUGCAUAUCGAUUGUAAGGUAGUCCCCCGAGAGGAUUUCGACGGUAAACCGUUUAGUAAAGUAUCCGCACCCUUGCCUCCGCAGUUCUUCGUUGCGAGUCGUGCAAUGGGUGUCGAGGAUCGCGGCGAUCACUAUCGUUGGGGAGAUCUCCGAUUUGAUAAGGAUGGUUAUUUGAUUAAGACACUUUCAUCCCGUAUGGUGAUAGCUGAGCCGCAGAUGGAAAAACCCACUGCAGAAGAGUUAGCCCAUUUCUUCAAUAACAAUCGGGAGCGUGUACGCGAGGCACUUUCACACACUGAUGUUAGUCUAACGGUUCACCAGAUUGGUGAUUCGGUGCGGGUGGCUUCGGGACAGCUACGCAAUACCAUCGGGACGAUCGUCGAUAUUUUCACAAAUGACAACACCGCACUACUUUCAUGUGUAGCUCCCAGUCAAAAAGAGCCCAUUAAGGUUCGGGUAGAGUUGGCAUCAUGUGUCAAGCACUUUGCCGAGGGGUCCCAUGUGGUAGUGAAGGCGGGUGAUUAUGCUGGGGAAAGCGGAACUGUAGUAAAGUCCUGGGAUGAUGUAGUCCUCCUGUUCAUUGACCGCCUUUCUUCAGUCACGGAGAUCAAGGUUUCCGCCAAUGACUGCCAUCAAAGCAAGCUGACUCAGAUGUUGAAACACAGUUUCGGUGGAUGGAAGUUAUUUGACUUGGUUAGCAUAGCUGAGGCGAACACAGUUGCAUGCAUUGUAGGUUUGACACGAAACGAUGUAGUGGUCAUAACUGAACGGAACGAGGUACAAAAUUUGACGUAUGCGCAAAUUAAGGCCAUUACUAUACGAGGGGUGUGCCAGACGACUGAUUUCAUGCUGAAUGUAUUGGUUCCAGGCUCCGAAGUUACCAUCCAGCGAUCAGCAUUUACGCCAUUUAACUUAGGUGGAGAAACUGCUCGUAUUAAGCAGGUGUAUAACCGAACGGUUUUUGUUUGUUGUCAGAGUAUACGCGAAAAUGCUGGAGUGGUGGCCCUUUCCGCAUCCUGCGUACUACUUAUUGGCGGGCGCACAACCACCAAGCAGGCAGCCCCACCUAAACAACUACCUAUGCCUAACCGUCGCGCACAUAACGCUAAGAAAGUAGAUAUAUCCAUCCCCUCAAAUCCCAUUUCAGCAGACUGGCAGAUCAAUUCUGAGUGGUGUGAGUAG